AUGCGUGACAUAAUGGAGUCUCACGCACAGCAAUGUCGGGAGGGACCUUACUGGAAAUCUCUGCUAUCCAAAUACAAUGUUCCUCAUUAUGUUUUCGGACCAGUGAACCAAAUGUAUAUUGAUGUAUUUGAGCCGACACUUUACAGCAGGCUGCUUGUGAAACUUCAUACCCCAUUAUACGCCGCUGGCCUGUGUGCCACCUUCGUCCUCUCCGUUGGAUUCACGAUAUGGCUGCAGCAGCUAUUGGAAAUUGAGGCCAAGAAUCAAAUGGUGCAGACACCGGACUCGCUCCAUCGUGUCGACACGGGCAGCACUUCAGCAGAAUAA